UAUUCAUGCCCGCAAUUCUAUUGGUGCGUGGUUUACACGCAACUAGUGCUGGUCGCUACACCGGCAAUAAAGCGACCCACCUCACUCUCUCUACACCUUCCGCUCUCUCUCCGUCGCCGUGUUUCUCUCUCUUGCCGCUAAAUCCUCUCUCGCUCCUCGCCUCGCUCUUCUUCACUCAUCUCACCAGCUAAGCCUCGAAGAUCUCACCAUUCUCUCUCUCUCUCUCCCUGCAUUCUCGCUUUCUCUCUCAUUCCGCCUUCACUUCUUAGAUCCCGCCGCCCGACCCGCAUUUCAUGGAUCUGUGAAGUAUCCGGCGGCAUUGUUCAGCUCUGCUAGGGUUCUACUCUCGUCAUGCUUGCUGGGCCUUUGAACUGAACUGGGUUUAAACGACAUGCUACACUUGGACUUUUGCAGAGGAGUUUAUGGAGGGUUUUGUCGGUGCGGCUGGCUUUAGCAGACCCCCAAGAGGGUGCUGUUCCAGAUGGUCCCGGCUGGAUUCUGAGAAUAAUGGUGUUUGGAAUUUCGUGCUAGUGAGAGAGGAUGUCUUCUCUUCUAUUUCUCUGUCUUCUCCCCCUUCUCACUCUAGUCCCUACUAGUCUCGGAAUUCUGACAGAACGUAUUUACCUGUCUCCUUAUCUUCUGCCAAGCCAGUCAUACAUUACAAGAAGAUUAUCUCUGGAAGAUGUGAGGUUAGACUCAACCAGUGCAUCACUUGCUCCUCUAUCAGCUCCCCAUAGACAUCAUUCUAAACCUUCUUUCAAUCCCACUGCUGUACCAGCUCCUUCACCAGGGCCUCAAGGUCCUCUAGCCAGUCCUAUUGGCAAUACUUGGCAAAGGCGUCGUCACCGUCGUCAUCAUCGGGGGAGAACUCCAGCAACAGUUUCACCAUCUCCAGCUACGGGAUCAGCCUGUGGUCAGACCUGUGCGCUGCCAUUUGCUUCAGUUCCCCUCCUUUCAAGAUGUGAUUGUGUGUUUCCAAUGAAAGUGAAACUCCUCCUAGGUGUGUCACUUUAUGCUAUAUUUCCUGCCAUUAGAGAGCUUGGGCUUGAGGUUGCAGCAGGCACAUACCUAGAUCCCCAUCAGGUGACUGUAGUUGGAGCAAGUGCUGAUAGUCAGACUCAGGAAAGGACUGUGGUUGAUCUUAACUUGGUUCCACUAGGGGAGAAGUUUGAUAACACCACUGCUCUGCUGACUUAUCAAAGAUUUUGGGAUAAAAAAGUGCCUUUAAACCGUACUAUCUUUGGUGAUUAUGAGGUGAUAUCCAUUAUCUAUCCAGUCUCAGGGCUGUCUUCUUCCCCACCACCUGGCAGUUCUAAUGGCCCAAGUGCAAGCACGGACCCUCAGCAGUUUCCUGUUACUGCUGAUUUUGUGGACAGGAAUCAGAAAAUGAGUCCCCGGCUGAUAUUUCUCAUUGCUUCAUCAGCACUAAUACUCCUAGUGAUUGUGUGUGGGGCCUUUGCUAUUCUGUUAAAAUGCAGGAGGCCUGGCAGACCAUCAAGUGCUGUUGGUCCAGUAUUUGUUCCUGCUAUAAACAAGAGAUCUGGAAUUGGGUCUAUGAUAUCAAGUAGCCCAGCAAGCUCAACAUCAGUGUCUCUUGCUUCAGCAAUGCCUGCAUCUGUUCUUUCUGUUCGAACAUUUUCACUUGCUGAGCUUGAGAAGGCCACCGAAAAGUUUAGUUUUAAAAAAGUUUUAGGGGAAGGAGGGUUUGGACGCGUUUAUCAUGGGAUCUUGGAAGACAUGACAGAAGUUGCUGUCAAAUUGCUUACAAGGGAUAAUCAGAAUGGAGAUCGUGAAUUUAUUGCUGAAGUUGAGAUGCUGAGCAGAUUGCAUCACCGUAACCUUGUGAAAUUAAUUGGCAUAUGCAUUGAAGCCCGUACACGUUGCUUGGUUUAUGAAGUUGUUCCAAAUGGAAGUGUUGAAUCUCACUUGCAUGGUAUAGACAAGAGGAAAGGGCCUCUUGAUUGGGAUGCACGGUUGAAAAUUGCUCUUGGUGCUGCAAGGGGGCUAGCUUACCUUCAUGAAGAUUCUAACCCUCGUGUAAUUCAUCGUGACUUUAAAGCUAGUAAUGUUCUGCUGGAAGAUGAUUUUACCCCCAAGGUUUCAGAUUUUGGGUUGGCAAGAGAAGCAACAGAAGGAAGUCAACAUAUAUCAACUCGAGUCAUGGGAACUUUUGGGUAUGUAGCUCCUGAAUAUGCUAUGACUGGCCAUCUACUUGUCAAAAGUGAUGUAUACAGCUAUGGGGUUGUACUACUAGAGCUGCUUUCAGGAAGAAAACCGGUUGAUAUGUCUCAACCUCCUGGACAAGAAAAUCUCGUGACCUGGGCCAGACCACUACUGACGACUAGAGAUGGUUUGAAGCAAUUGAUUGAUCCUUCCUUGGCGGGAAGCUAUGACUUUGAUGACAUGGCAAAGGUGGCUGCUAUUGCUUCCAUGUGUGUGCACCCAGAGGUGACUCAAAGGCCAUUCAUGGGAGAAGUUGUGCAGGCUCUUAAGCUCAUCUACAAUGAUACUGACGAAACAUGUGGUGAUGGGUUUAGUGUAAAGGAGUCAUCUGUUCCGGACUCGGAAUUCAAAGGUGAUCAAAUCCCUUCGGAUAGCAGUUGGUGGAACGCUGGUGGGUUGACACCGCGGUUAACAUAUGGGGUUGCCUCCUCAUUCAUGACAAUGGAGUAUAGUUCGGGUCCGCUGGAAGAGUUGGAAAACAGACCAUUCUCAUCGUCAAGAAUGAUGGGUGGUGGAGGAGGAGGUGUUGCAUUACCGAUAACACAUGGAAAUAGAUCAGGGCCUUUGAGGACUGUGCGGAGUAAUCCGAGCUUUUACAGACUAAGGGGUAGUAUGAGUGAACAUGGUGCACUUCUUCCAAGACGCUCAUGGAAUAAUAAUUACGGUAAUGAUGAGUAUGAAGCUUCUUUCUAGAGUGAAGAGUGUAAAUGUACAGUUGUGCUGGAAGACCAUUGGGGAGGGUAUUGGGGGGGAAAAGAGAUGGUUUUUCAGUUUAGUAGAAUUAGGAGUUUGAAAUUUGCUGCGAUUUCCAUGGGAUUGGAGAGAGUGGCGCCCUUGCCUUCUAAUUUUGGUCAUCUUUACAAUUAAUUACAACAAACAGGGACAAGGAUAAUCCGGGAAACUAGUGUACAUGUAGUCAAUUAACUUUUUUUUUUUCUUUUCUUUUUUUUGGGGGUUCAAUAUUGGAUUGAACUGUUAUUUGUAUUUUUCAGUUAAUAUUUUGAUCUUAUUAACUCAACAACCUGGAUUUAUUUUAAAAGAGUAAGUUUGGUCUGGGGAAACCCGAACAA